CUGAGGGCCGCCCUCGCCCGAGCUCGCCAUGGGCAAGGACCAGGAGCUGAUGCAGGCGGUGAAGGCGGAGGACGUGGGCGCCGUCCAGAAGCUGUUGCAGAGGCCCAAGCCGGGCAAAGCCAAGCUCCUGGGAUCAACCAAGAGGGUGAACGUUAAUUUCCAAGACACGGAUGGGUUCUCUGCCUUGCACCAUGCAGCCCUCAAUGGCAACACAGAACUCAUCUCUCUGCUGCUGGAGGCCCAGGCGGCUGUGGACAUAAAGGACAACAAAGGGAUGCGCCCAUUGCAUUACGCUGCCUGGCAGGGGAAGAAGGAGCCGAUGAAGCUGGUCCUGAAAGCAGGCUCCUCGGUGAACAUCCAGUCCGAGGAGGGGCAGAUCCCCUUGCAUCUCGCGGCACAGCACGGACACUAUGACGUGUCGGAGAUGCUCCUCCAGCACCAGUCCAAUCCCUGCAUCCUGGACAACUCUGGCAAGACCCCUCUUGAUUUAGCGUGUGAGUUUGGCCGUGUGGGGGUGGUGCAGCUGCUCUUGAGUAGCAACAUGUGUGCCGCCUUACUGGAGCCCAAGCCGGGGGACAUCACUGACCCCAAUGGGACCAGCCCCUUGCACCUGGCCGCCAAGAACGGGCACAUCGAUGUCAUCAGGCUUCUGCUGCAGUCUGGCAUUGACAUUAACCGGCAAACCAAGGCAGGUACAGCCCUGCACGAAGCGGCCUUGUGCGGCAAGACAGAUGUUGUGCGUCUCCUCCUAGACAGCGGGAUCAAUGCCCACAUCCGCAACACCUACAGCCAGACAGCACUGGACAUUGUCAACCAGUUCACAGCUACGCAAGCCAGCAAGGAGAUCAAGCAGAUGCUAAGAGAUGCUUCAGCCGCCCUGCAAGUCAGAGCCGUGAAAGAUUACUGCAACAACUACGACCUGACCAGCCUCAAUGUCAAAGCCGGAGACAUCAUCACGGUCCUGGAGCAACAUGCAGAUGGCCGGUGGAAAGGGUGUAUCCAUGACAACCGGACCGGCAACGACCGAGUGGGCUACUUCCCAUCCAGCCUGGUGGAAGCAAUCAGCAAGCGCACAGGCAAAUAUAUAGGUGCAGGGCCAGGGCAAUUCCAGACCAUCCUGCUCCUGGCGUGUGGGUCCUCCCCACCCAAUGGCCUCCCCUGCUCCUCCUCCUCCCCCUCCCCCUCCUCCUCCCCCCAUCAGAUCCAUGUCCUGCCUCCAUCACCGCCACACCCCCAUCAGCCUCUUUUCAGUUCCUUUGGCUACCGCCGGUUGCCCCAUGGUGCUGUGGAGGGGCCUGGCAGCACCCCAGGUUCCAGAGGGUCUGAAAGCAGCCCGUCCCACCUGUCCUCCUCCCCAGGCGGAACGUCCACCUCGCCAGCCCCUGUGGAAGAGAUUUGGGUGCUUCGGAAACCCUACGCAGGUGGCGACCGCAGCAGCGUCGGAAGCACGGGGAGCGUGGCUAGCGCCCGGAGCUCAGGGAGUGGCCAAAGCACAGGCAGCGGCAGCCACGCCCUCCACCCAGGCUCCGAAGGCGUCAAGCUGCUGGCAACCGUCCUUUCCCAGAAGGCGUCUGUGCAAGAAUCUGCUGUGGGCGACGGGCCUGCCAAGGCACUGGAGACACCCGCAGGUUCUUCUCGGACGCCAAGUCUGAGUGGCUCCUCAUACCCCAGCCAGCCCUAUGGGGAGCAGCCAGUGAAGAGGGUGGAGCCUUUGUCGGAGGGGAAGAGCUCAGAGGCUGUGUACCAGUGGCUGUGCAAGUUCCAACUGCAGCUGUAUGCCUCAAACUUCAUCAAUGCUGGGUAUGACAUCCCCACCAUCAGCCGAAUGACACCAGAGGAUCUGACAGCCAUUGGGGUCACCAAACCUGGACACAGGAAGAAGAUUGCCUCAGAGAUCAACAGUCUCAGCAUCCCUGAGUGGUUGCCAGAAUACAAGCCAGCAAACUUGGCUCUGUGGCUCUCCAUGAUUGGCCUGGCCCAGUACUACAAGGUGUUGGUGGAGAAUGGCUAUGAGAACAUCGACUUCAUCACCGACAUCACGUGGGAAGACUUGCAAGAAAUUGGCAUCACCAAACUGGGCCACCAGAAAAAGCUGAUGUUAGCAGUGAAGAAGUUGGCUGAGCUCCAGAAGGCCGAAUACGUAAAGUACGAAUCUGGGACUCUGAAGAAGAAGGGGGCACCGCAGUCUCUGGACAUGGUGGCCAUUGAGUCCCCCCAGCAGGAGACAGCCGAGUGCCAGUCCCCCAAGAUGACCACUUUCCAAGACAGCGAGCUCAGCAACGAACUGCAGGUGGCCAUGACGGGCACCAGUGAGGAAGGCACAGAAAAGCACGACAACCACGUGGGGCAGUUCCGCGAAGGGGCUGCCUACCGGCAUUCCACUCGUCUGGUCCAGGAGAACAGCCUGAGUGGGCGAGCCAAACACAUGAGCAGCUCACAAGAGCUGCUGGGGGAUGGGCCCAAAGCAUCGGGGGCUGCCAUGUCCAGGAGCCAGGAGUACCUGGUGGAGGACGGGAAAGAGGGACCAGCCACGCUCCCCAAGGAAGUGCGGAGUCUCCGACACGGCCACAGCAUCAAGCGAGCGAGUGUGCCACCAGUGCCUGGCAAGCCACGGCAGUCUUUUCCCCCAGCCGGAGGACACUACACUCCCCCACCAACGCCCACCAAGCCCCGCCCAUCCUCGCCACAAGCACUUGGCAUGUCACACACCACAGCUAAGGUAAAACCUACACCGCAGCUGUUGCCACAGUCAGAUCGGCCCAUGUCUCCUCGUUCGCUGCCUCAGUCUCCUACGCACCGAGGCUUUGCCUAUGUUCUGCCACAGCCUGUGGAGGGCGACACUCAUUCAGGAGGACCCUUAGCACAAGCCGUGCCCGUGUUGCCUGUCUCGGUCCCUGUGCUGUGCCUGCCACCUCAAGCUGGAGAGGGCGAGGAGGAGGGAGGGCGGCCUAAGAAGAGGGCUCACAGCCUGAACCGUUACGCCAUGUCCGAUAGCGAGCAGGAGCGAGACGAGUUGCUGCUGCCAGACGUCGGUCCCUACGCCACAGUACAGAGGCGAGUUGGGCGAAGCCACUCUGUACGGUCACAAUCUGGCAAUGACAAGAAUGUCAACCGCAGCCAAUCCUUUGCUGUGCGGCCGAAGAAGAAGGGUCCCCCACCUCCGCCACCCAAGCGCUCUAGCUCAGCUAUCUCCAGCACCAACAUGACGGACGACUUCACCAAAGAAGGGGAAGAGGGAUCAGAGCUGUCCCCAGAACAGCAGCAGAGACGUGCCAGUGAUUUUGGUGGGACUGUUGAUACGGGCAGUGCCGGAAGCGUCAAGAGCAUUGCUGCAAUGUUGGAAAUGUCCUCCAUCGGAGGUGGGGCCCGAGGACUCUCCAUGCAAAAACCACCUGGCCUUGGCAAGAGUCCCGAUGGGUACUACUUACAACCUGGGGUUGCCGUGCUCCCAGCUAGUCCGGAACACUCUCGUGUCACUACCAUGCUGGCCACUGUAAAGCACAAGGAUGCCAUUGGGUUAGAUGGGGAAGUGGUGAACCGUCGACGCACCAUCAGCGGCCCUGUCACUGGACUAGUUGCGGCUGCCCGUCGGGAGCGCUCAGAUAGCAUCAAGUCUGACACAGGCAAGGAUGGUGGCCCGACGGAGCGGCUGCGGGCGGAGCACAGUGGAGCCUUCCCAGAGAACAGUUCUCAUGAGAACAUCCCCUUUGCUGAAGAAGGCAAUCUGACCAUCAAGCAGCGCCCUCGGCAGAUGGGGGUGGCUAAGUCCGACGGUGGGGAGGCCUCGUCACUUUCCCACCGACACGGUGACCUUACCAAGGUGGAGGCCAGUGCCACCCUGAAGAGGAGGGUUCGGGCAAAGCAAAGUCAACAGGACGGCAUCAAGUUCCUUCUCACAGAGUCCGACACGGUCAAGAGGCGGCCAAAGUCAAAGGACAAGGAGCAGGAACCAGCACCGUUGUCAGUGUAUCAGAAUGGCACCGCCACUGUCAAACGCCGACCGGCCUCUGACACAAGCAGUGCGGAUGCCUCACGCUCUGUGGACCAGCAGGAAAGAUCGGACCGUGCUUUAACUCAGCUCCCUGGGGAAGGUGAACCCAAGAAGACUGUCAAGCCACCUGUAUCUCCCAAGCCAGUCCUACCCCAGAAAGUCUCUGGGCCUCCCACACCCACCUCUAAAAAGGCCCCAAUUCCUGGUCCUGGCAGUCCAGAAGUGAAGCGAGUCCAUGGCACCCCACCUCCAGUCUCCCCCAAGCCUACACCUCCCCCAACUGCCCCUAAGCCGAAGGUCCAUGCUGCCCUCCAGUCAGCAAGUGCCAGCUCCACGCCUGCACCGUCCCCUGCCAAGCAGCUGGUGCCUGCCAUCAAGCCAUCAAGCACACCCCCCUCACUCUGCUCGAGCCCAGCUAAGCCCCUCUCACCCAGCGGGGCUCACCCUCAAACGGUGCCGGUCAAGCCACCACGCUCUUCCAUUGCGGGGCCCUCAGCAGAGAGCAUUGGCAUGGAGAGUGCGCAUCAGAAACUGGAGGAGACAAGCGCCUCCCUUGCUGCUGCCCUGCAAGCUGUGGAGGAGAAGAUCAAGCAAGAGGAUGGGCAGGCAUCAGAUUCCACCGCAGAAUCCAAGAGCACAGUCAGCAUUCUGGACGACAUUGGCAGCAUGUUUGAUGACCUUGCCGACCAGCUGGACGCCAUGUUGGAGUGAGGGCCGGAGAAGAGCCCAGCCGACCUCAGGAUCUGCCGAGGGCACCAAGGGCACAAUCCUCUCCCUGAGCAUUGUCCCUUCCCUCUUCCCCCUCCCUGCUGUCUUUUGAGGUUUGCACAAAGAAGAUAAGAUUACCUCAGAAUUGUGCUAAAGCUAACUGAGAUGCUUGGGAGAGGCUUUCCUUGGGACCAGUUUUGCCGAAGCAAAAAAAGAAACAAAAGGGAAAUCUCUCCUGUCGGUGUCCUUGUUUUUCUACCUAACCACCCACUGACCUUGCGGAAUAAGGGACAGCUGGAAUUCUCCUCCAAAGGAAGCAGAAGGCCGGGCGCUUCUCUUUCUGUGGGCUGAAUGUCACCAUGAAGACUUCCUUCAGGCCAGGCUGCAGCUGAGUGAUCUCCGUUUGGCCUGCUGAGCAUCUCCUUGUUUAAUUGGGAAGGCGUCGUUUUCCUCUCUCCCAAAUUGACCCCCCCCCCCAUGACAGUUCCAACAAGUGGCCAGAAUGUGGCACAAAUAAGGAGUCUCCAGUCUUUGCUGCUGGCUCUUCUGGUUUCGUGCUGGGUUGGUGUUUUUUCCUGGUGGCCCUCUUGCCUUUUGUGUCAGUAUCGUCCCUUGACUGGGCUCUGCCCUUCUCGCCUGCCCCUGCUGCCUCAGUUCCUGUGCCUGUCUGCCAUUGUUGGAGUGGGGGGGGGAGUGCUGGAAGAGGUGGGGGGAGAUGCCCAAGGGAAGUCGUCAGCCCAGGGCGAGGGGUGGGGCUUUCGGUGGGCUGCAUGCUUCGUUUCUUUGUCCGGAAGGUGUUCGUCUUCUCCUGGUGACAAUGACGCUUGUAACUGUGGGAAGUUUUGUUCUGUUAAUGAAUCCCAUUUCACAAAGAAGCUCCCUUUUCAUUGGUUUGCCCCAUCCCUGGUGGGUGCUGUGCAAAAGCUUUGGUAUGUUUGCAUGAUUGAUGCA